AUGUCUUGUCGAGAUAGUCCUCUGAAGGCGGUUCAGAUGCUUUGGGUUAACUUGAUCAUGGAUACUUUGGCUAGCCUAGCGUUGGCAACUGAACUUCCGACCGAGGAGCUACUCGAACGAGCCCCUUACGGACGCACGAAGCCGUUGAUAAGCCGGUCUAUGGUGAAGAAUAUUCUCGGGCAGGCGCUUUAUCAGCUGGUCGUCACUUGCUCACUCAUCUGGUUCGGCAACUUAAUCACUUUUUUGCCACCAUCCCUAAUCGCUGUUCUUCUAGCCCAUCACCACAUUGACCGGUACCAUCUGAUUCUUUGA